AUGAAAUUCGCCAAAGAGUUGGAACAGGAGCUGGUUCCUGAAUGGCGGGCGAAGUAUCUCGACUACAAGGGCGGGAAAAAGAAAGUCAAGGCGAUUACCCGCGCCCUUAGAUCACACCGAAGUCCGCGAUCUCCAUCCUUUCGACGGCCUACUUCCUCCCGACCUGCACCCGACUCGUUGACGCCAUCUGCCUCCGAUAAGCAGAUCGAUGCCGCGGAUUUCAAAGACCCGACCAAUUCCAAUAGGACCCCAACUAGGACAGGCCUCCAAGGUUCGCGCCCGACACCAAUCUCUAGGACUGAACGACAGCCACUGAGGACUCCAGGAUCUCGAUUUAACGAAAGCGUGGGGAGCUAUGGAAGCAUCCUCGCCACUCCACCCCAAAACGGACUCGGAUCGGAUACCGGAUCAUUCGAGCUGCCAGACCCGGCACUCGACCCAGGUGAGGAAUAUGUGCCUCCCCAGACAAGGCGAGACCCCGGUGGAGAUGUCAAGACCCCAUCUCCCGUGAUGGCACGCCGUGCUACCUUUUCGAAUUUGCAUACCGACACCGACGGCUCGCCCGAUCAGAUCCCACCCAUAACCCGACAGCCAACAGCCCAGAGCCCCCGGGAUGCAGACCUCACCAAGUCUAGCAAUAGAACUUCACACCUGCUCCGGCGUGUACUAUCCCACGCAGAAGCUGAGACCUUGGGUAAAAGAGCAACAGUGGAUUCGGCCAACGAGGUGGAGAGACGAAGGGAUGAAUUCUUUGCCUUUUUGGAUAGUGAGCUCAACAAGAUCGACUCCUUCUACCAGAUGAAGGAACAAGAGGCCACUGAACGACUCAAGGUUCUUCGCCAGCAGCUCCACGUCAUGAGGGAUCAGCGGAUCCAUGAAGUCCAAGCGGCGAAAAGGAACGACAAAGAAAACUCUCGCCAGAAUGGAUUUGGCAAGCUGAAUGGCUCUCGACUGAAAGAUACGCUGACCGGCAAGCAUCGCUUUGGCAAGAACUCACAGGCCUUUGCGCAAAUGGCGACGCCGGGAAUGGAUGCUCGUGACCGCGAGAACAUUCAGAAUAGAAGGGAUUUCAUGCGGCGGCAGGAGCCGCCGCCCAACGAUGUGUCGUAUCGCUCUGCGAAGCGAAAGCUCAAGCAUGCCUUGCAAGAGUUUCACCGCGGGAUCGAGCUCUUGAAGGGAUACGCCUAUUUGAACAGAACGGCGUUCCGUAAGAUCAACAAGAAGUAUGACAAGGCUACCAAUGCCCGGCCGCCAUUGCGGUACAUGUCGGAACGAGUCAACAAGGCGACCUUUGUGCAGAGCGAGGUUAUUGAAAGCCUGAUGGUGGCUGCAGAGGAUUUGUACGCUCGGUACUUUGAGCGUGGCAAUCGCAAGGUGGCCGUUUCGAAGCUGCGGCAGAAGAUGAGAAAAUCGGGCGACUAUUCACCGAGCACAUUCCGGUCCGGCCUUUUGCUCAUGGCUGGCACCCUUUUCGCUAUUCAAGCGCUGGUGUAUGCUUCAGAUCAUCUUCGUUCUGCGGAUGCGACUGAAAAGUCUCGAACAAGUUAUUUGUUGCAGAUUUACGGAGGAUACUUCCUCGUCGUAUUUCACGUCUUGCUUUUUUGCAUGGAUUGCAUGAUAUGGACAAAGUCGAAGAUCAACUAUGCAUUUGUUUUUGAAUAUGAUACCAGGCACACCUUAGAGUGGCGCCAGCUAUUAGAGAUCCCUUCUUUCUUUAUUUUCAUUAUGGGUCUUUUCAUGUGGCUUAAUUUUUCAUGGAUUAACUCCAUGUACAUAUACUGGCCGGUUGUGCUGAUCGGCCUGACGGUUCUUCUUGUUUUCCUGCCCGCUCGCGUGCUGUACCAUCGAAGCCGAAAAUGGUUCGCCUUUUCAAACUGGCGUCUGCUGUUGGCGGGAAUUUACCCUGUCGAGUUUCGUGAUUUCUUCCUGGGAGACAUGUAUUGUUCGCAGACCUAUGCCAUGGGGAACAUCGAGUUGUUUUUCUGUCUGUAUGCCUCAUACUGGACAGAUAUGAUAAAAUGCAACUCAAAUCACUCCAGGCUUUUGGGGUUCUUCACCUGCCUCCCGUCAGUAUGGCGAGCCUUCCAGUGUAUUCGUCGAUACACCGACACGAAGAAUGCAUUCCCUCACCUGCUCAAUUUGGGGAAGUACAUUUUCGGUGUUCUUUACUAUGCUACUCUCAGCAUGUAUCGCAUCGAUCGGGGCACUCGAUUCCAAGCAUCUUUCAUCACGUUUGCACUUCUAAAUGCGGUCUACACAUCUGUCUGGGACCUCAUAAUGGACUGGAGUUUGGGAAACCCAUAUUCCAAGAAUCCACUUCUACGUGAGGUACUUGCCUUCCAUCGAGUCUGGGUCUACUACGCAGCUAUGGUGGUAGAUGUUGUGGUUCGUUUCAACUGGAUCUUUUACGCCAUUUGGUCCCACGACAUCCAGCACUCAGCCGUGCUCAGCUUCGUCGUCGCCUUUUCCGAGGUAUGCCGUCGUGGAAUCUGGUCAAUCUUCCGCGUGGAAAAUGAGCACUGUACCAACGUACUCUUGUUCCGUGCCUCACGAGAUGUUCCACUUCCAUACGACAUCCCAUCCCAGCCAAUCCCAGGCCUUGACGGUAGCCAGAUCGACGACGUGCCUCUGCAGGAACAACAUGUGGCAACACCAUUCCUCGCACCGGCUGAUCUCGAGCAUGGCACUCCGUCGACAUCUAUACGUGCUCGUAACAGGCGCCCAUCUGCUAGUGUCAUUCGAGUCGGCACUAUCGUUGCGUCUGCACAUGCUCAGGAUUUCGAGCGUCGGCGUCUCCCCACUUAUAUGUCGAGGAAUGACGUGGUCCAUGAUGUGACUCGCAGCACGGAGGACACGAGUGAUGAGGAUGAUGAGGGUGCCAUUACCACAGAUGAAGAUUCUGGGUCGACCGUCGAUGGUGGGCAGAAGGAAAGACAUGUGGCCCACUGA